CUCAGUGUCCUCCGUGAAGCUUGAGCAGCCCGGACGAGACCGAAGGCCCCGACGGCCUUCAAGGUCACCCCGGACGCCCCCUUACUGACCCUCCAAGAGCCCCUUGCCCCUUCUCUGCCUCCUGCAACCCCUGGCCUGAGUCUCACCAUGGCGGACGUCAGCGGCGAUGCGGCGGGCUGCCCGCCCCCCGCGCCGGCCCCGGUCCGACGCCGGUCCUCCGCUAACUACCGUGCGUACGCCACGGAGCCGCACGCCAAGAAAAAGUCCAAGAUUUCCGCCUCGAGGAAACUGCAGCUGAAGACCCUGAUGCUGCAGAUCGCGAAGCAGGAGCUGGAGCGGGAAGCGGAGGAGCGGCGCGGAGAGAAGGGGCGCGCUCUGAGCACGCGGUGCCAGCCUCUGGAGUUGGCCGGGCUGGGCUUCGCGGAGCUGCAGGACUUGUGCCGACAACUCCACGCCCGUGUGGACAAAGUAGAUGAAGAGAGAUACGACGUGGAGGCCAAAGUCACCAAGAACAUCACGGAGAUCGCAGAUCUGACCCAGAAGAUCUUUGACCUUCGGGGCAAGUUUAAGCGGCCCACCCUGCGGAGGGUGAGGAUCUCAGCGGAUGCCAUGAUGCAGGCGCUCCUGGGCACCAGGGCUAAGGAGUCUUUAGACCUGCGGGCCCACCUCAAGCAGGUGAAGAAGGAGGACACAGAGAAGGAGAACCGGGAGGUGGGAGACUGGCGGAAGAACAUCGACGCGCUGAGUGGCAUGGAGGGGCGCAAGAAGAAGUUCGAGGGCUGAGCCGCCAGCCGCCGCCCCGCCCCGAAGGGGCCCCUGAGGAAUAAAGCUUCUCUCUGAGCUAA